AAAUCUUUUUGAGUUCUGUAAUUCACUUAACGAAUGAGACUUUUAUCAAGGUUUUAACCGCGUCCAGAGCAGCUAGAAACUAACACCAGAAAGCUCUUACAACUGGUUUUUUUGCGAGUUAAUUAUAAAUAAUUCUUGCUGAAUGUUCUGCGAGGAAAAUUACUAUAUUUGAUGCUCUCCGUAUUUUAAUCAAUAAGUGAAGCAAGUAGAAACUGAUCAAACCCGAGUUUGGAAAGUUUCUUUGAAUUAUUAUGGACGUGCUCAUUGUUUUCGUGCCUUAUAAUGGAAACCGUCUUGUUCUCAAUAAAAGUAGUUUCAUUAACGCAAAAAUGCGGUCAUUGAGCAAACUCACGUGCGAGCAUUUUCCUAAUUUCUUCGCUGAAACAUCUCGGACAAAAGUGAGAAAAUUCAAGCAGUUUUGUGCGUGUUGCGUGCCCAUAUGCAAGAUGCAUCUUUAAUUAGCCAUAAAUAGGGUAUUUAAUAAAUAUCAGCGCGGAAAUUUUGCAUUUUUCUAUCGCACGUCCAGCCAAGAACGUAGAAUGUGGAUUAAGCAACUCAGUGUUUUUGUUAGUGUGUGUGUGAUCAGUGGAUAUUGCGAUUCCAAUGGAUUAAAUGUCGUGCAACGUGUUAUUAGUGAGUGUUUGCAAAGCAACGAAAGUUAUUCCUGCAUGUCGGAGAAAGCGGCUGGAGCAGUGGAAAGAGCAAUGGACUGGAACGUCUCCAUUCUAGAUGGACUCAGUUUGGCCCGAAACAAUGAAACGAUCAACCGACGACAAGCAAGGUUAUUAGGGUUCGAUCGUCUCAGUCAGGCAGUCCAGAACUUUUUCCAGACGCAUGUGAUUGCUCUGGAAUUGGGCGGGGCCCGAACAUUGGGCAAAGAUUCGGGCGAUAUGAGCAGUCUGGGUGGUGGCAGCGGAUUGGACAUGAAAUCUAUGAAAAAGGAGAAAAAGUACAUGAGUUAUGCUUUUAUGGUGCUGCUAGGUGAGUGAGGCAUUUUCCUA